ACCUAAUUUUCUUAAUUUUUAUCUAAUUUACCCUAUUCGAAAUUCUGGUAUAUACUAACAUUACUGCCGUACCGACAUAAUUUACUAUUUCUCUUAAUUUACCAUCAAUUUAUUCGAACUCGCACAUGGUCUUAAUAGAAGGUAUGAACCUUUUGACACACUACAUUUGAAAUUAUUAUUGGCAAUACUGCUGCGUUCAAUUUUGUCGAGUCAACAUUGACAGUAGGAAAAAUUUGUUUGUCAUUUUGUAAGGCUGGGAGAUUUGUGGAUUUGUGGAAGUAUAAAGUUUGAACUAAUUUAUUAAUUGAAUUUGUGCUUGUAUCACACAAAAUACAAUGACUGUUUCAAAUCGAAUGGAAGUUGAUGCCGCCUUGAAAGGUGAAGGCUUUCGUUCGUAUUACAUACAAAAAAUAGAGGAACUGCAAUUAAUUGUUGCUGAAAAAAGUCAGAAUUUACGACGUUUGCAGGCUCAACGUAACGAGUUAAAUGCUAAAGUGCGCAUGUUACGAGAAGAACUGCAAUUGUUACAGGAGCAGGGCAGCUAUGUGGGCGAGGUAGUUAAACCGAUGGAUAAAAAGAAAGUUCUUGUUAAAGUUCAUCCAGAAGGAAAGUUUGUUGUUGAUUUGGAUAAGAAUAUUGAUAUUAAUGAUGUCACGCCAAACUGUCGUGUUGCACUGCGUAAUGAAAGCUAUACUUUACACAAAAUUUUGCCAAAUAAGGUCGAUCCUUUAGUAUCACUUAUGAUGGUUGAAAAAGUUCCGGAUUCAACUUAUGAAAUGGUUGGAGGCUUAGACAAACAAAUUAAAGAAAUCAAAGAGGUGAUUGAAUUGCCGGUCAAGCAUCCAGAAUUAUUUGAUGCGCUUGGUAUUGCACAACCCAAAGGUGUAUUGUUAUAUGGACCUCCAGGUACAGGUAAAACACUUUUAGCACGUGCAGUCGCUCAUCAUACAGAAUGUACAUUUAUUCGAGUUUCUGGUUCUGAAUUGGUGCAAAAAUUCAUUGGUGAAGGAUCACGUAUGGUGCGUGAAUUAUUCGUUAUGGCACGAGAACAUGCACCGUCUAUUAUAUUUAUGGAUGAAAUCGAUUCAAUCGGCUCGUCACGUAUUGAAUCUGGUUCGGGCGGUGAUUCAGAAGUUCAGCGUACUAUGUUAGAAUUGUUGAAUCAAUUGGACGGAUUUGAAGCUACUAAAAACAUAAAAGUUAUUAUGGCUACAAACAGAAUUGAUAUCUUAGACCCUGCUCUGUUGCGUCCUGGACGUAUUGAUCGUAAGAUUGAAUUUCCUCCACCAAAUGAAGAAGCUCGUUUAGAUAUUCUCAAAAUUCAUUCGCGUAAAAUGAAUUUGACCCGCGGCAUUAAUUUGCGUAAAAUAGCGGAACUUAUGCCGGGAGCUUCUGGUGCAGAAGUUAAGGGCGUUUGCACAGAAGCUGGUAUGUACGCAUUGCGUGAGCGUCGUGUGCAUGUUACUCAAGAAGAUUUUGAAAUGGCUGUCGCUAAAGUUAUGCAGAAGGAUUCCGAGAAGAACAUGUCCAUUAAGAAAUUAUGGAAGUAAAUUUCAAAACUUUUAUAUAUUUAUACACCGAGUAUCAUAAAAUGAUUAUUGAUUUGUAAUUGAAUUAUCAUUUCUUGGAUCUUCACAAUUAAAAAUUAAAAA